CCUCUUGCUUUUUCAUCCAAAGUAUGUUAUAUUAAGUUUCGUGAAGCAUCGAGUGUUGGUGUGGCCCAGCAUCUAACUAACACGGUUUUUAUUGACAGAGCUUUGAUAGUUGUGCCCUGCGCAGAAGGUAAAAUCCCAGAUGAAGCCAAAGCCCUUUCUCUGUUGGCGCCUGCUCCUACUAUGACAAGCCUGAUGCCUGGUGCAGGGUUGCUUCCUAUACCCACACCAACCCCUUUGACUACACUCGGUGUCUCACUUGGCACUUUGGGGGCUAUACCAGCAGCAGCAUUGGACCCUAACAUUACGGCACUGGGAGAAAUACCACAACCACCAAUUAUGGGGAAUGUAGAUCCAUCCAAAAUUGAUGAAAUCAGGAGAACAGUCUAUGUUGGAAACUUGAAUUCCCAGACUACAACAGCAGAUCAGCUGCUUGAAUUCUUUAAGCAAGUUGGAGAAGUCAAAUUUGUGCGAAUGGCAGGUGAUGAGACACAACCAACACGAUUUGCUUUUGUGGAAUUUGCAGACCAAAAUUCUGUACCGCGAGCUCUUGCCUUUAAUGGAGUUAUGUUUGGAGACAGACCACUGAAAAUAAAUCACUCCAAUAAUGCAAUAGUGAAGCCACCUGAGAUGACACCACAGGCUGCUGCCAAGGAACUGGAAGAAGUGAUGAAGAGAGUAAGGGAAGCCCAGUCUUUCAUAUCUGCUGCUAUUGAGCCUGAGUCUGGAAAGAGCAGUGAAAGAAAAGGCGGUCGAUCUCGUUCCCAUUCUCGUUCAGAAUCCAGAUCUAGCUCAAAAUCCCGAUCUAGAAGGAAAAGGUCACACUCCAAACACAGAAGUAGAUCUGGCAACAGAUCAGUGUCAAGACACAAGGACAGACGCCGAAGUCCCCUGAAAAAACGGUCUAGAUCUAGGGAGAGGCGGAAAUCAAGAAGUCGCUCUCAGUCUCGGGACAAGAAAAGAGACAAAGAAAAGGUCAAGGAAAAAGAAAAGGCCAAAGAAAAGGAGAAAGAGAAGGACAGGGAGAGAGAUAAAGAGCGAAACAAAGAUCGAGAGAGAGUCAGAGACAAAGACAGGGAUAGGGACAAGGAUAAGGACAAAGACAGGGACAGGGAAAAGGAUAAAGAUAAGGAGAAGGAAAAAGACAGGGAAGAGGACAGAGACAAGGAAAAGGAAAAAGAUGGGGAUAAGGAGAAGGAGCGAGAAAGAGAAAAAGAGAGAGAUGAUAAAAAGAAGAAAGAUAAGAGAUCCAGAACACCCCCAAGAAGCUAUAGCUCUUCAAGAAGAUCUCGUAGCUCCAGCAGAGAAAGGCGUAAAAGGAAGAGUAGAAGUCCCUCCAAGUCUCCCAAAACAUCCAAGACAACAAAAAGAAAGUCUUCGCAAACUCCUUCUCCAAGAAGCAGAAACAAGAAAGAAAAAAAAAGAGAGAGAGAUACAAAUAAUGAAAGAAGAGAAAGAGAACGCUCCACCUCCAAGAAAAAAAAUAGUAAAGAAAAAGAAGGAAAGGAGAAAUCUGACAAAAGCACCACCUCUUUGAAGGACAAAGAUCACACUAAAGAGGAUCAGAAUUCAGAAACUGACAAGGAAGUAGACAACAGAGAUGGACAGAGGACAGAUGAAGUCAAACUACAACAGAAUGGGAACUGUCAACCAAAUGAAGAAAACCUCUCAAUUAAAAUGGAAGAGGUUUAAAGCAAAGAAUGGACUUCUGAUUCAACUAAGGAGUGAAAUCCAAAGCUUUUUAUUUCUCAGAAUGAGGAAGAAAAUGUCAAAGCAAUCAACCUGAACAUUGAUAGUACUUGUAGCUCUUCCAACUCUUGUGAUAGCUUUGUUGUCUUCUUGCCGAAAAGCAAGAGAGCAUGGACCAGUAGUUAUACGAUGAAAAGGCAGAUGCCAUCAGACGUAUUCAUCUCUGAAAAUCCCUGCAUUUCCAUGAUGGCUGUACUUAUUUGUAAAAUGAUUUAUGUUAAGUUUUGCCAUAAGCUGUUACAAGUGAGUAGAAACUGAAAGAUGUAAACCUGUACAACCCAAAAAAAGCUGAAGAUAUGCGUUGAAGGUUGUUUAAAAUACUGCUUGUUGAUGAAUUUUGUAUUGUUUUUCCUUGUGGGUUAAAAAAUCCACAAAAACUUCAAUGUGUACUGUUUGAUGUGCUUGGAAAUGGUGCAUAUACACACUUUGUUGUAAAUGACAACUGUAGGGAGUUUUUAAACAUAAACACAGUUUUACAGUUCUUAUGUUGAAUACCCACUGAUUAGUAUGUUUUUCAUUUGCUCACUGCUUAAGACUCUUGGGUUUUAUUAUUUAAAAUAAUUUCUUACUAAUACCCUUAAAAUUAAUAUUUCUUUUAAAGUAUUGUAAAAAUGCAUGAUACUUUUCUGUUCCUAAAAGGAACAUUGCUGUGUUAUAGAUAAUAGGUUAGCUUACUGGGUUAUUUUUGGGUUGUUUUAUUUUGUU